AGACAGAAGCCACAUCACUAGUCAGAUCACUUCGCGUAAGACGUGUUACACCUGAUCCUUCAUCAACCAACGGUCGGCGUGAAAGAAGAAGCCAAACAUCAUAUCUGAGUUGAAAUUUUCGCGAUGUCUUAUUUUCCUUUCCGUUUUCACUUUACCCUUUUGCUCCUAGCGUUGUUUGUGGCGAGCCAGUCUUUGGCGAAGCAAGCAAAUAGCGCCCAAGUAACUACAGUCCCCACAAAACAGUGCACCAACGUCUACAACAGUUUCUACGCGGGUCCAAACAAGAAGAUUGAGAAUAUCCUACAGGAAAUGAAGAAGCAACUUGGCGAACUUCAAGAAGAUAUGAAAAUUUUGAAAAAUAACAAAACUUCUUCCAAAGGUCCACGGAAUAUUAUUUCUAGAAUUCAAUUAACCAAAGCGUACACAUUUAGUAAAUAAUUCGCAUGCAAUUAUAUUAAUUUAACGAAUACUUCCUCUUUUUUGCCCAACAGCCAAGGAAAACUGUGCUGAGUUGUACAAAUCGGGCGAGAAAAUCAGCGGCGUUUAUACAAUCGAUCCUGAUGGCGCAGGUGCCUUCGAUGUGUUUUGUGACCAAAAAACGGCCGGUGGGGGGUGGACAGUGUUCCAAAAGAGACUUGACGGCUCGGUUGAUUUCUACCGCGGUUGGGCUGACUACAAACGAGGGUUUGGUAACCUAAACGGUGAGUUUUGGCUUGGGUUGGAGAAGAUUCACCGCUUGACCAAAACAAAGAGCAAGCUACGAGUUGACCUGGAGGACACUACGGGUAAAACUGCCUACGCUGAAUACGACAUGUUUGCAGUUACAAGCGAGAAGGCUAAUUAUCAACUUAGCUUGGGAGCAUACUCACUGACAGGUACAGCGUAUGUGCGUCACUAUCACGGCUUUAUAUCCCAGUGCUUUUCAAAACCCCAUUUAAUACUUCCCUAUCUAAUGUUCACUAAGUUCCCUUUUCGGCAAAUAUGAGAGAAUCUAACACUGGACUUGAUUGUCUUACUGACUAAGUGCAUCGGUUUUCCCAGUUUGACUUGUUUCGUUUCUUGAAAGUGCUUAAUUUUGACAAGUCGAACUGACUUUCGCUAGCUUUCUUUUUUUUAUUGACCGUUCGAUUUAUUGAGUAACUGUGAUCUUCACUCCGUUUUUUCAGUAGAGUAGAGUAGAGUAGUUUAAAUCUUUAAUUCUUAAAAAUAUAUAUAUAAUGAGCUCUGUCAUUUUUUUCCCAGGAACUGCAGGCGAUUCUCUUUCUGGUCAUCGUGGUCACCCAUUCUCGACUAAAGACCGAGAUAACGAUAGCUGGUCCAGCAACUGUGCUGUAAGCUAUAAAGGAGCCUGGUGGUAUACGGCCUGUCAUGCCUCUAACCUGAAUGGCCUCUACCAUCAUGGCCACCACAAAACAAGCGCCGAUGGUGUCAACUGGGGUGCAUGGAAAGGACACAACUACUCCGCAAAGACAGCUGAGAUGAAAAUAAGACCAGUUGACUUUUGA